CCUACCUCAAGAUGAAAUUUGGUCAUCUGCUCGUUGCUCUUUGAUGUCUAAACUCCUCGUAUCGCCUAUGAACUAGUCAGGUCUGAACAAAAUGGCGGCCUUCUGCACCGGAGAACGCGGUGUUUCAAAACUAUCAUAACAACAUGUCACUUUUGAGACUGGGCGCCUAUUCAGCUGCUUUAACUCGCAGUUUUGCGGUUGACAGAAGUGUCCAGAGAUUUAUGAAUGGCGAUUAUUGCCACCUGUGUCUCAGAAUACGUAGUAAUGGAGAGAGACAAAUACAAGACAAAACAUGGGCUACAAUUUACCAAAGACACUAUUCAGCCAUCCCUAAGAAGGAAGAUGGGAAGAAAAGAUUCUGUGAACAGUCUCAGUUGUUGGACGUUCUGGAGGCCAGAAUCCAACAGCUGCAAUCUGACGCCGUUGUAGACGUCAAACAUUCAAAGGUGCAAAUCAUCAAAAUGCAGCAGAAAAUACAGAAAACAUCACCUGGGAAUAGUCAAAAGAACUUGCCAGGAGAAAAAGCAGAAAUGCUUAAAAGUGGGCCCUCUGCAAAAAAAGGUGGAACGGAAGGCGUCGGGCCUUCCAAAACUCACGCAAGUCGCUGGAUGGAGAAACUCAAGCGUGAAAAGUGGAUUAAUCCCAAAAAACAAACUUCACAUAGAAUGCACGACAAGACAGUUGUGGGUAAAAACAGCAAAGGGAGUUCAAUGCGUCCUGGUACAUCUACAAAGACCAUCACAACAGGCAAAAGAAGUGAGACAAAAACUAAAGGAGAAGACUCCAAAACCUCUGCGUCUACCACGACAUCCUCCAAAAUCAGUGCUGUGCAAAAAAAGUCUAAAAAGAAGGUUUCGAGAGUCUCAGAAAGUUUAGCCGUCAGGUUUCCAGGAGUGCAAAAGAUCUCCAACAGUAAAGGUGGCUGUGUUUCUGAAAUGUCUGCACAAGAGAAACUGGCAGAUAAAGAAUUUGAUGAGAUAGAGGAGCUUGAUGUAGACAUCGAAAUCGACCAGCAGAGCUCGAGUGCUCCUGAAAGGCUUCUGGAGGAUAAGGAAGGAAACCGCUAUGGAGAUCCUCAGCUCAGAAUCCGCUGUUACUUGGAGGCGUGUGUUUUCAUCGAUGAUGUAGCUAGAGCUCAGAGCUGCCUACUUUCUCAUCAUCGUCAAUUAUCCAAACGAAUGCACUUGUCUAUCAGCGCCUACAACAUCGUGAUGAGGAUGUGGGCCAAAAGAGGUUCCUUCAAUCACAUUCGUCGCUUGUUCGUUCUGAUUGAAGAAGCAGGUCUGAAACCCAACGUUGUGUCUUACAGUGCUGCUCUGGAGUGCAUAGGCCGCAUGCCUGAGUGUCAGACAUGGAUCAUUAAAAGGUGUCUGCAGCAGAUGGAAGUGGACGGCCUGUCCGUGGAUGACGUGUUCAGACAGUGUGUGUUUAAAAAGGAUGAAAGAGAAAUGGUUCUGAGGGCCGUCCGUUUGGUGCAUCCUGAAUACCAACCCAUUGUAUCCAAAGAUCAGCCUGUCUGUUCCCUGCCAUUGGUGAAACAGUUUUAUGCUGAGAUUGGCUUCAUCAAACCGCAUCCUAUUGUGACACAAAUCCAGAGGGUUGCGAUGGAAACCAAACUUACAUUUGACUCCUACGUCAUGCCCAUGCUGUGUCCGCCCAUUCCCUGGACGUCCCCGAAGAGCGGCGCUUACCUGUUGACGCCAACCAAGCUGAUGCGCUCCACCGAUGGAGCCAUCCAACACCAACUUCUCCUGGAGAAGAGCCGAGAUGAGGACCUCCAUGCUGUGCUGGACUCUCUCAAUCAGGUGGGCAGCUGCCCUUGGAAGAUCAACAAGCCCCUGUUGGACAUCAUCAUCUCGAUCUUCAACGACAAAGGCAACGACAAGCUCUGCAUCCCUCCGCCACUGUCCGAAGCACCCGAGAUUCCUCGCUUCAACCCUCAUGACCCGUCCUACACUCAGGCCGAGAAGGCCUACAUGAAACGGGAGGGUGUCAAAGCCAAGAAGAAGGUGGCGGAGAUGCACAGCCUCCGAAUGGACGCGCUGUAUAAGUUGUCCAUCGCCAACCACAUGAGGGACGAGAUCUUUUGGUUUCCACACAAUAUGGACUUCCGAGGGCGUACCUACCCCCGGCCGCCUUAUUUUAACCACCUUGGUAGUGACGUGACCAGGGGAUUGCUGCUGUUCGCCGAAGGACAACCUCUCGGGCCCAAAGGCCUCGUCUGGUUGAAGAUCCACCUGGUGAACCUCACAGGGUUGAAGAAGUGUAGCUCACUAGCUGGACGACUGGAGUAUGCCGAUAGUAUCAUGGAGGACAUCCUAGACUCGGCAGACCAUCCUCUUGACGGUCGCAAAUGGUGGAUGAAUGCAGAUGAGCCGUGGCAGGCACUGGCUUGCUGUAUGGAGAUAGCAAAUGCCUCCCGCUCCCCCGACCACACCAAAUUCAUCUCUUAUUUCCCUGUUCAUCAGGACGGUUCGUGCAAUGGCCUCCAGCACUAUGCUGCCCUCGGGCGGGAUGUGAUUGGUGCUACUUCGGUGAACCUCAUGCCCUGUGAAGUGCCUCAGGAUGUGUACAGCGGUGUAGCUCAGCAGGUGGAAGAGUUCCGGGCUCGGGAUGCGGAGAAGGGUUUGAAGAUCGCGCAGGUGCUGGAGGGCUUCAUCAGCAGGAAGGUGGUAAAGCAGACGGUGAUGACUGUGGUCUAUGGCGUCACGCGCUACGGGGGCCGUCUGCAAAUCGAAAAGCGACUGAAGGAAAUUGAUGAUUUCCCUAAGGACUACAUAUGGGAGGCUUCACAUUACCUGGUGAAGCAGGUGUUCAGCAGCUUGAAGGAAAUGUUCACAGGGACGAGAGAAAUUCAGGAAUGGCUGACGGAGAGCGCUAGUCUAAUAGCUAAGUCUGGGAGGACGGUGGAAUGGGUCACGCCGCUGGGACUUCCUAUCGUUCAGCCCUACCACCGAAUAAAGAACCAAACGCUCAAGAGCAGCAUGCAGAACCUGAGCAUCCAUAUAAGUCAUGAUGCCAAUGAGAAACCAGACAGCAUGAAGCAGAAAAACGCCUUCCCUCCUAAUUUUAUCCACUCUCUGGACUCCACUCACAUGAUGCUGACAUCACUGCAUUGUUACAGGGCUGGUCUGACGUUUGUGUCCGUCCAUGACUGUUAUUGGACCCAUGCUGUGACGGUGGACAUCAUGAACAGGAUGUGUCGUGAGCAGUUUGUGGCUCUGCACAGUCAGCCCAUUCUAGAGGAGCUGUCCAGGUUUCUUCUAAAGAAAUAUUGCAGCAGGCCACCGGUUGUAUCCAAGCCAAAGAAGUUUGAAGAGCACGUUAAGAUGGCACAGCUUUUGGCCAGUGUUCCUCAAACAGGUGAUUUCGACCUGGAAAAGGUGAAAGAAUCAGUGUAUUUCUUCAGCUGAGGAGUGUAUCGUGAGCUGACGGACCGCUUUCAUCAGGAAGCUGAGAGCCCUCCACAGACCUCAUUAAAACAGAUUGCUGCUUUUUACUACAUCGAAAAGUGUGCGUGACUGGAUUGGUUGAUCUGGUAGAAAAGUGAGUGUGCGUGAGCGAGUUUGUGUGUGUGUGUGUGUGUCUGUCUGUCUUGUCAUAUUAUCAUAAAGACAUCACUUAAGCACUGAAGCAGAGUUCUGGUGGAGGCGAACAGCAGGAGUCGCCCUUGUGUGCGGGUGCGAGAGCGUGGAUCUCCUCUCGGUAUGGAGUGAGAACACUCUCUCGGCGGGGCUCUGAUCUGCUCCUUCACUCCUGAGUGCUAACACGGGGCUGAUUAACCACAUGAUUCUGGCUCUCAUCGAUUUCAAGGCAGCCCCGUCUGAAAGGCCCUCUCUGACAUUUCCACUUGGACAUGAUUUACUCCCAGCAUCCCCCCACAGCUGGCGGCUCUCGCAUUCACAGCCAGCAAAGAAACGCGAGGAUAUUUAUGAUAGUAGAGCACCUUUAAGAGUAUUUUGGGAAAACUUUGGCUGACGUGUGACCUUGUGCCGUCCUGUUUUUUUUUUAAGGACUCGAGAGCACUUAAAUGACUGUUUUAUGAUCAAAGACGUUUUGAUCCGUUGGGUGCUUGUCGGAGAAUGUACACAUGGCAUUCGGCGAGAAAUAAAGUCGAUAUUUUUGCACUCUGGGUCUGUGAAAGGUUAAUUGUUAUUGAAGUUUCAAGACCCAAUAGCUUGCUUCAGCAGCUUUCUUUCUGUUUUCUGGAUUUUGAAAGCGUUUUACUACAAAGGGCAAUGCGAAACAAAAGCAAUCCAAUGCAAGGCUACACUUGAUUACACGAGAAUUGACGUCAACAGACCUGCUCAUUUCCUGACAUCUCGAACAACCUGUGCGUGGGAAGUUGCCCUUACAAUAAUAAUAGCUCAUGGGCUUAAAGCUGUUUGCCGCCACAUAAUGUUUUAAGAGACUUGGCGGCCAAUGUUUCCUCAAUUUACAGGAGAAAGAAAUUCAAUUUUAUUCAAUUUCAGUCCAGUUUGCAGUGCAAUCAGAUAAACACGUUUUUGAACAGCACAGCCACCAGUGCAAUGCGAUUCACAAACAAGUGACUAUUAUGAAGUGAAUCUUUUAAAUAAAACACUCAGAAGAAACAAUGAUUCAAACAGAAUCCUUAGCUUAAUAAAUGAUUAAAUCUGUCAAGUGUUACAGAAUUAUCUGAUUUGCUGAUUCAUUGAACUGCCAGUCAAUUCAUGCACAAAAUGGUUUGUGUACUUACCAGAGUUGAGUUUGCAGUGUGAUUUAGAUGAACAUGUCUUUCUACAGCACAAGCCAGCAGGCACAGGACGUCAAUAUAACGUCAGUUAUACGUUGGACAGAUGUUGCAUUUUGGUUGAGAAUGAAAAUCGGGUUGACGUCAGUAUUUGACGCCAAUUUGACAUUGACUUAACGUUGGAUUUUGGUUACACAACCUAAAAACAAGGAAUAUCAACGUCAGCUGAGGUUGGUAUUGGACAUCAAAUUUACAUUGACAUUGAAUUUUGG